CAGCCCCCCACCCAUGACGUCCAACUCAAGUGGCAGAGUCGACACUCAAAUACCGUAGCGCACCUCUCAGUUGCCUAAACAAUCAGAGGCAAAUGCUGGCCAUAUUGACCUCGUAUAAGAGGCAGGAGCUAAUAUAAAUAUAAGAAGAAGAAGAAGAAGAAGUUUUGGAACAUGACCCAUGACUCAGGGAGUUGGAGCUCUCGAUUGCACACAUUAUAAUAAAUUAUCUCUUUUAAUUGUAAAUAUAUUAAAAAAUAACAGCGUGCUGCCUCUGAAAAAUCAACAACAUGCUGAACGACGUGCCGAAAAGAUUAUUAAGAAGUUCUGAAAGCACGGAGGUUGAUGUACGCGAGGAUGAGGAACAAACCACUAAAUUUCAAGAGAUUAUUGACUUACUUGUUGCUGCAGGUUAUUUUAGGGCACGAAUUAAAGGUUUAUCGAAUUUUGAUAAGGUUGUUGGCGGCAUGACCUGGUGCAUUGAAUCAUGCAAUUUUGAUGUAGACGUGGAUUUACUUUUUCAAGAAAAUUUCACAAUUGGUCAAAAAAUUUCCUUGACAGAGAAAAUUGUGGUUAUGCUUCCCAAAAUGAAUUGUCCAUAUCGAAUAGAACCACAUCAAAUACAAGGGCUAGACUGUAUCCAUAUAUUUCCAGUUGUUCAAUGGCUGGUAAAGCGUUCUAUGGAAAUGCGACAAGAAAUGGCAGACUUUGUGAGAGCCUUUGCGUUAAAUCAAUUUCACAAAAAGCAUUCUUUUAGUGAAGAUUGUGAAGUUGGAGCAACGGCUAAUGAAAAUGUUAUCAGAAAUUUACGUUCAGUUAAGAAAGCCUACGAGCCACGACGGUUGUUCAAACAAAAAGAGGACUUUGUGAAAGAUGAAUCAAAUAGAUUUAUCGGUACAAUAUUAGAAUAUGAAGCACCAUUUGAGGCUGUUAAAAAUUCAUCAGCAACAACAACAUCGACAGAAUGUAAAAGCAAUGAUUCAAGAAAUAAUAAAAAAAAUGAAAAGAACACAACUGAACAGAUUACCGCUGCUCUAUCCAUUAUAGAAGAACAUUCGAUGCGCUUAAGUGUAAGUAUAGUUGGAAACAUCGUUGGUAUACAAGCGCAAGAAAUUGCUAAAGUGGCAGAAAAAUAUGCAGCCAUGGCUACUUCCGAAAUAAAGGAUGGUGACGCAACAGAUUCAUCGCGCGCUCUAAUUGCAUUGCAAAAACAAAAGACAACAUUACAAUCUAGAGUACGCAAGUUAACGAAGGAGAGAGAUACUUUAUCUGACAAACUUGUUGAAAUAAUAGAAAAAGUGAAAGAAUAUCGUACGAGAAGAGAAACCAUUGAGCGCUCGUUUAAAAAGAUUCGGGAAAUUGGAAUUAAUGAUAAUGACAGUAUUUUUAAACGAUUAGAGGAGCUUCUAUCUGUGCAUGAGGGAUUAAAGGAACAAGAACACAAUUUCCGAGAGCAAUGUAAGUCGGACUUAAAUCUUCUUCGAGGUAUGUUACAAGAGAUUGAAAAUGGUACUCCGGUGGAGGAAGAGGAUCGUGUCAAAGAAUAUGAGGAGCAAAAGGAAGCUAUAACACGAGUGCGAUUGCAAUUGGCUAAAAAGAAUAGAAUUAUUGCAUCCAUAACGAGACAACUGGACGAUGUUCCAGGGCGCUCUGAACUGACACAAUAUCAACGUCGUUUUAUGGAACUCUAUAACCAAGUUUCAGCCAAGCACAAAGAAACUAAACAAUAUUAUACGUUGUACAAUACUCUCGAUGAUACAAAACUGUACAUAAGUAAGGAAUUGUCGUUACUAAAUUCCAUUCAGGAUAACUAUAAUGAAGCUAUGGCAUCAACAAGUGGCAAGGAACAGUUCCUGAAACAAUUUGAGACAAUUGUUGCAGGAGUGAAGCGCAACAAAGCGAUGGUCGAAAAACGGUGUACCGACGAAAAAGGUAGGCGAGAUACGCUUAGUCGACAACUCGUCACUCUCGUAGAACAGCAACGCAAAUAUGUGGCUGCAGUUAGACAGCUCACUAUUGAAUGCCGCAAAAAUGAAGCUUUAUUGGCUCAACUUCGUGGUCCAUAAGUGGUUUCCCUCAUCAAAUGGAAACCAGGCAAAUGUUUACAACUCGUGACAUAAAUUAUUACGAUAGGCUGUUUAAUACUUUCGCUAUGUACGUAAUGAACAUAUGAUAAAUGUACAAAGAACAUAAUAUGAAUGCCAAAAAUAUUUGCUAUGUAUAUAAAGAUGUAGUGAUUCUUUUUCUUAAAUAACUAAACAAAAUUUAUGAUAAUUUACAGUUUGUAUCAAUUUGUACAUAGAAAUACAUACAUAUAUAUGUGUG